AUGAGACUCUUUGUUCUUUUAAUAGGGUUUAUUUCAGCAUGCAAACUGCCUUGUCUUUUAAGCUGCAAAUCUGAAACCUGCUUGAACGAUUGCGGAUGUAGUACUUCUUCCACCUCAACUAAAAUCAUUGAUUCGAUGGCUAUCACACAGACCAAGAUAUCGACUUUUGAAGGAAUUUCCAAUUGCACCAUGGAAAUCAUAAAAUAUUGCAGCAAAGAACUGCAAAUUGAAGAUAAAAACAAGUGCUUAAUAUCUGCUGGAUGCUCUGAUGAAACCUCAAAAGUAAUUUACACCAAUUGGAUGAAAGCUAAUAUGGACGAAACUGAGUGUAUUGAGUCUUGCACUAAUUAUUGCAAACAGCAAACUACAAUAAACAUAGAUAAAUGCUUAAGCCAAUGUUUAAAAGACCAGUGUGUAAGCACUGAGCCAGAAGAUUCAGAUAAUUCUUUAAAUGCAAUUUAUAAAGCUAAGGAGAGCUCAGUAUUAUCUUAUUGGAAAUUUGCUGCUUUAUCAGUUUUGACUACCCCACUUUUAAUCUUCUUGUAUAAGAGGCUUAAGACAAAAGAAAACUAUGAAGGCUACAUUAGAUUAAAUUAA